UGUGAUGCUGAUGCUGCUGCUGGAGGCUGAUGCUGAUGCUGAUGCUGCUGCUGCUGCUGCUGCACGGUGGCGCAGCCCACAUCCAACUGAGGGUCUGAGGAUGGAAACGUGGAGACAGCCGGCGUGUUAGCAGCUCGCAGCCGGGAUGGAAUAACCCACAGGAGCCUCAGUUCCCCCGUAACAGGAUUUCUCUGGAUCAGGUGCGCCGGCGUCUCCUCAACUUACCUGAGGUGAUGGUUCCUGCUCCGUUCUGCCUAUGAGCCGCUGCGCACAGCCGACGCUGAGGAUUUAAACACCAAAGUUUGGAUUCCCCCCCUCUGGAUGUAUGCGCAGUUGUAGAUUUGGAGAUGUACGCGCCUGGUGUAACGCAGCAGCUCGUUCUGGAUGGAUGCUGUCGGUGUUACCGCGGCUGUUCCGGCACCUGAAUUCACGCAGCGGAGACCUGCGCCUCCUUUACGCGUAAAAUCCCUCCUGGUCCUCGGUGCAUGGGGAAAGUUUGCGGGACGCGGAGGAGGAUGAAGCCAGCGCACCCGGUGUGGCUCAGUGGAAGUCCCCUGCACGUGGUUUAAACACAUCUGUAUAGAAAUCGGUGGAUGCGUUUGUUGGAGAAACUUGGAGAAUGCUUUUCCAAACUGUGGAGGAUUCCUGCUCAGGCUGGAGGGACGAGCAGCGGACACCGAGAUCCCUUCCCGGGAAAACAGGUGUUCCGCGGGAACAGUGACUCCAGAUCCCACAAUGCCGAGCUGUGGAUAGAGAGGCCGCCCAGUGGGUCAAGCUGACCUGUGUCGACCUCCCUGCUCCCCUCCUCCUCAUCUCCUCCUCUUUUCCUCCUUUACUUUCCUCCUCUCAUUGACUAACCCUUAUCCUCCCCUUCCUCACCUCCUUCUCCUCCUGUUCCUCCCUCCUGUCCUCUCUCCUCCCCUCAUCCUCUUCACCUCUGCCCCCUGAACUCCUCCUCUUCCUCCCCCCGCAGCACACAUGCAGGCCAAGAAGCGGUACCUGCUCGUGUCUGUGGGGGCCGGUCUUCUCUUCCUCGUCUACCUGUGGGGUCUGCAAAUCGGGGAGUUCCAGCAGCAGCCGUACCAGUACCGCCAGUUACCCCAGGACCCGCAGUACCACCAGUAUCAGCAGGAGUACUUCCACCAGAACCAGGACGUGUACCAGCCCCAGAGGAGUCCGUCCCGACCCCCCAGGCACUGGCCGGAGUCGACGGAGCUGCUGGAACCGUACCUGGAGGGGGGAGAGCAGGAGGAGGACAGUCCUCAGCUCCACCACCAGCACACCUCCCCUCGGGAGCGACGGGCCAUCCGAGACAACAUCUACAAGAACAAGCGCUGCCGCAUGGAAACCUGCUUCGACUUCGCUCGCUGCCAGUCGGGCUUCAGGGUUUACGUCUACCCUCCGCAGAGAGGGGACGAGAUCUCCGAGACCUACCAGAAGAUCCUGGCGUCCGUGGAAGAGUCUCGCUUCCACACCACGGACCCUUCGAAGGCCUGUCUCUUUAUUCUGGCCGUGGACACGCUGGACAGGGACCAGCUCUCCGCCCAGUUCGUGCAGAACGUCAGGUCCCGCAUCCAGAGCCUGCCGACGUGGAACGAUGGCAGGAACCACCUCAUUUUCAACCUCUACUCUGGCACCUGGCCGGACUACACAGAGGAUCUGGGCUUCGAGGUGGGCCAGGCCAUGUUGGCCAAGGCCAGCGCUGACGUGGUCAACUUCCGACCAAACUUUGAUAUCUCCAUCCCUCUGUUCUCCAAGGAUCACCCUCUGAAAGGAGGGGGGAUAGGUUAUCUGACUCUCAGCGAAGCGCCGCCCUCCAGGAAAUACCUGCUGGUUUUCAAAGGGAAGCGGUACCUCACUGGCAUAGGGUCUGAGACCAGGAACGCUCUGUAUCACAUCCACAACGCGGAAGAUAUUAUCCUGCUGACCACGUGCAAACACGGCAAAGACUGGGAGAAGCACAAGGACUCUCGCUGUGACCGGGAUAAUGAAGAAUACUCAAAGUUCGACUACCAGGAGCUGCUCCAUAACUCCAGCUUCUGCCUGGUGCCUCGGGGCCGGCGUCUGGGAUCCUUUCGCUUCCUGGAGGCCUUGCAGGCGGCCUGUAUCCCGGUCAUCCUGAGUAACGGCUGGGAGCUGCCCUUCUCCGAAGUGAUCGACUGGAGGAAAGCCGCCGUCCUCGGAGACGAGAGGCUGCUCCUACAGGUUCCCUCCAUCACUCGGUCCGUGGGCCGUGACAGGAUCCUGGCUCUCCGUCAGCAGACCCAGUUCCUCUGGGACGCCUACUUCUCCUCCGUAGCUAAAAUCGUCUCAACCACUCUGGAGAUCAUCCAGGACCGCGUGGUCUCCCACGUGUCUAGAAACCAGUUGCUGUGGAAUUCCCUCCCUGGUGGUCUCUAUGCACUGCCCCAGUACUCAACAGACCCUGCCCAGUUCCCUUUUUACUAUGCCAUCCUGGGUAAGAGCCCGCAGCAGCAGUUCACAGCUGUGAUCCACACUGUGACUCCUCUGCAGUCCCAGAUCUCCCCUGUGGUGAAGCUCAUCAUCGCUGUAGCCAAGUCCAAGUUCUGUGCACAGAUUGUGCUUUUGUGGAACUGUGACAAGCCUUUACCUCCUCGGAACAAGUGGCCCUCCACCAGCGUGCCUCUCACUGUCAUUGAAGGGCAGACCAAGACGAUGAGCAGUCGAUUCUUCCCUCACGACGUCAUCGUCACGGAUGCUGUUCUCAGCCUGGACGAAGACUCGGUCCUCUCAACCAAUGAGGUGGAUUUUGCCUUUAUCGUGUGGCAAAGUUUUCCGGAGCGUAUCGUAGGUUAUCCGGCGAGGAGCCACUACUGGGACGGCUCCAGGUCCCGCUGGGGCUACACCUCCAAGUGGACCAACGACUACUCCAUGGUCCUCACAGGAGCAGCCUUCUUCCACCGAUAUUACCACUACCUGUUCACCCACCACGUCCCGGCCAGCCUGCUGACCAUGGUGGACCGCAUGGCGAACUGCGAGGACAUCCUGAUGAACUUCCUGGUGUCGGCCGUCACCAAGCAGCCGCCGAUCAAAGUCACGCAGAAGAAGCAGUACAAGGAAACCAUGAUGUCGCAGGGCUCCAAGGCGUCUCGCUGGGCCGACCCCGACCACUUCGCCCAGCGGCAGACCUGCAUGAACGCCUUCAGCCACUGGCUGGGCUUCAUGCCCCUGGUGCACUCCCAGAUGAGGCUGGACCCCGUGCUGUUCAGGGACCAGGUUUCCAUCCUGAGGAAGAAAUACAGAGACAUCGAGCGGCUGUGAGCGCACGAGGAUACAAAUCACUGACAGUCGGUUGACGUGUGUGUGUUCUCGUGUUGAAUCUGAACAAACUCACACGUGCACUGGACAUAAAUGUGAUGAGGCGCCGACGUGAGCGGAACGCAUUUAACUGUGCGUUUCUAUGAAGAGAAAAAAAAAGGUGUGUGCGUGGUUUCCAGCCGUCUGUGACAAUACACAUAAUUAUGACUGCAUGGAUUCACAUGCAACGAAGACCUUGAAGGCAGUCGUGACCACAGACAAGUACGUGUUGCAUGGUUUGAAAAAGACAGGACCUGAAAUAUCAUGUCAUGUUUUAGUUUUUUUAAAAAGAGAUGUUUAUUGUGGAUAUUCACCUCAAGUCUAUUGAUGAAGGUUCAAGAGAUUGAGAAGUUAUAGGUUUUCUUCAUGAAGUCAAAUGAAGCACUGUUUGGGUUGUGUGUGUACAGUGAGGACGUUUUAUGGACUGACGGGACAAAACUGUUGCUUCUGGGUCUGUCCCCCCCCAAACACCCGGAGACAACGUCCCGCUUGUAUUCUACUGUAGAUUCUCAGCAGAGGUUCCUGUCUGUAUGAAGCAAAUAAAAAAUAAAACGAUGUUAUGUUAUAAGA